ACUUGAGAUUCAGAUGCAGCGAGAGCCUCACCAACCUCACUAUCAAGUUUGACAAACGACCGGUGCAGCGAGUCAUGUAACAUUAUUAUUUUCCCUUCUAAUAUUGUAAUUAUAUCAGUCAUUUGAAGUAACCGACAUUCAUUCUCUUCUUCUCCUCACCGGCCUCCUUCAUAUCCAUCCUCAUACACAUCCAUCAUGGCCAACGAUAGAAAUCAAGAGCCUCAAAUGGUGUCUGUACGCCAACGGCAGUCAUCUCGUGGUUUGUUUUCUCCCGAGGUUGUUGACCUCGUGGUACCUCCAUUGAAAUUCGGUGGUUACGCCGGGACUGCAGGUAUUUUGGCAGGUGUCGGAGGCUCAAUCUUCCAAGAGGCAAAUCCCAUAGUCUGGGGAGCAUUCUCUGGAUUUCAAUGGUUUACAUUGGGAACAAGCUUCUGGUUCACCAGGAGUAUUGUUGUAAAAGCAUGGGGCGGUGAAGAAAGGCUCAAAAAUGGCGACAAGACAAUUGCCAGCGCAAUAGCUGGCACAGCAGCUGGUUCGGUGGGUGGCUUGAUCCGAGGGCCAAAAAACAUUCUUCCCGCGAUGCUUGUCUUCACAACAGUGGGAGCUGGUGGCCAAAUGAUCGCAAACCGAAUGGCAACUCGAAAGCCGAAGGUUCACGAUGAGAACGAAUCAUUCUGGACCCGAUGGUCUCCCCUUAAGAAGCUUACGGAUCAGGAGUAUAGGGAUAUGAUGUCAGAAAAGAUGCUGAGGAUAGACGCUGAUAUUGCACUUAUUGAUGAUCGCAUCGCUGAAUUAAAAAAGCAGGCCGAAGAUGAAGAACUGAAAGGCUCGUCAACAUAAUAAUACUCAUGUUUAAGUUGAUUCAA